AUGGGCGCCAGCGCACUCAGUACUGGUUUGGGUGCCAAUAAGGGCCUCUUCAAUAAUACAGGAAGUCGGUUCAGGACAGAUACUAGUGGUAUUUCUAAAGAUCCUAAUCUUGUGACUGAACUGGAUGCAGAUGCCCCUCUGCGAUCAAAAAAGACUUUAUGUCCUGAAGAUGAGGAAGCAGACCGAAUCGCUUUUAAAUACGUUUUCGAGCUUCUUCGUGCUAGAAAAUAUGAAGAGGCACUAGAUAUAUGUGAAAAGACGGGGAAUUGGAGUUUAAAAGUAACCAUAUCUGGGCAUAAUGAUUACAUUGAUCCCGAGAUCGACGGUGGGCUGCUAUCGAAUAUUGAUGAUUCAGAACCACGAGGCGCGGAGGCCAAGGUAUUAUGGCAGUACAUGUGUAGGCAGUUAGCGCGGCAGGCUCAGAACAUAGACGCCUAUGAAAGGGGAAUCUACGGCUUUUUAGGAGGAGACCUUGAUUCAGUGUUAAAACUUUGCGACACUUGGGAAACUCAAUUCAUUGCAUAUAUGUCGCAUCUCAUGGUAUGUGAUGCUGAUGCGGCCUUGGUAUCUGAUAAACGGUUAGCACCGGGGCUCGCUAUAUCGCCAAGUGCUAUAAAAGCAAACCAUUCAAGUAGUAGCGCACAAAAGGUUUUGGAUAUUCUUUCCAACUCUUCCAAUCCAGUGGUUGCAGUGCAGAGUGAGCAUAUGAUUCGCACUUUGAUGGGUGCGGUAAUCAACGGCACAGUUGGUUAUUUAGUUGAAGAAGCGUCUGGUAUAUUGCGCCAGGUGAUGACAGGAGCUCAAGGAUCUUCACCAUUGACUGAUAAUCCAUACAUUCUUAGGAUAUUUGUACAUUUGAUCCUAUUUCUGCAAAGUAUUGAUGUUCCAGUUGGAGACGCUGAAAAUGUAUCCGUUAUUUUAUGUGGCUAUAUUGAAUUAUUAAGGCUGCAGAAUAUGGGGACAAUUGCUCCGUUAUAUAUUGCAUACCUUCCUGAUGAUAUUGCUAUUGAUACAUACUCAGUCCUUCUGGCGACCAUUACAGAACAGGAUAUACGAAAAGAGCAUCUUCAAUUGGGUCAUAAAUAUGGACUUGACAUGGCAAACACUAUUCGGGCUGCAGUAGAGAGAGUAUUUUCUGAAAAUGAACACUUAUAUGACGACCAAGAGUUUACUGACAUCUCGACUACCGUUUCAGAGUCUGAUGUUAAGCUCUACCAAUCGAUUGAAUGGUUCAUUGACAGCAAUAUGUGGCCAGAUGCUGUUCACUCAAUGGCUGCGCUAUAUAGACGUUUCUUAUCUGCUGGCAGAGUAGGUGCUGCUCGUGAGUUCGGAAAUCGAAUCAGUGUGUCGUACGUGGUUAAGCGCUACGAUGGGCAUAUGAUUGGAUCAGGGCAUAGUCUCACUAAGGUAUCUACGGACUCACAGAACGAGCUGGCCGGGAUCGAGAGAAUCCAAGUUUUGGAAUUUGAGCGACUUCUCAACUGCAUCAACGACAUUGCCAAGUGGGAUCUUCACGUUCAAGUGCCUGAUCAAUCAUCCAAACCUUGGAGAAUGGAUGCAUUGGCGAUUGUGGACUCCAUAUCAAGUCAAGUCUACGACUUAUGUCUCAACUGGUUUAGACAAGAAGAAUUUGAACUUGAUCAACGCAUUCAACGACUCCGAAGUAUUUAUUUGCCAUACAUCAUCUUGGAAUUGGGACGAGUAUUAAUAAGUGCACAGAAAGUUCAUUCAGGAUUCCUUAAACAGGCUGCUGAACUUGCCGUAGUUAUAGCGGAUGAGAAGCAGGGCCUGUAUCGCCUGUUCCUUGCAAGUAACCAGUUAGAAUCUCUCCUGACCAUAGUUGCCACUGCUGUUACUGAUGGUAUGGCCCGUGGUGAAUCAGGUAUAUUUGAUGCUUGA